AUGCGUUAUGCCAUCAGCGUACCAGGUUGCGCUGCACCCGACCAUCACGCGAACAUUCAGUCAACUCCGAAUAGGUUAAUGUCGUGUCUCACCGAAUUGGCUUGGGAGACUGCGGUUCAAAGACGGAAGGUGUUCAAUCUCUGCUAUGGCCUCCCUUACACGAAAUUCGCCUUCUCCAACCUCUCUCUUCCCUCUCGGACCAUCGCGAACGGCGACCUCACACUCACCGCCACACUCACGCUCAGCAACACCGGGCUCGUCACCGGCUCGGAGGUCGUCCAUCUGUACGUUUCGAUGCCUACUCCCUCGGAGCUCAUGAACCCGCCGCUCGCGAGUCGCGCUCAAGGUGUUCAUGAAGGUGAAGGGUGCCAGAUCAUUGAAGCUCGACAAAUAUGCGGCGAGCUAUUGGGAGGAGCGUGUCGUGCGGAUGGAGAGCAUGCUGUGAGGAUCGGGAGGAGUAGCGCGCUUGAGGAGGCGACGUUCGGAGUUGAGAAGGGUUUUGAAUGUGAAUCUGCAGGUGCCAAGCGCGGAGUUCUUGUACGUGCUAUGCGAUCGGCGAUGCAGACGGCGCAGAACGUCGAGAUGAAGGCUACACGUUCUCAUGGCGUGCAUGUCUGA